AUGUUCUAUACGGGAUCGCACUAUCGCCUCCUCCGAGGAAGAUUUUCCUUCACAAGGAGGGCAGAGAAAGCCGCCAAGUUCAGAGAGAGAAAUCCCAGAACUACCAUCAGCUGGGAUCCCUUCGCUACGCUAGCCGGCUUUUGGGAAUAUUCCGCAAUGGACAACGAGGAAUAUGACCGGCUUGUUGAACACCUUCACGACUGCGCGAAGAAGGCUGAGAGUUUUAAAACCACCAAGAGACGCCUGUCUCUUGAAAAUCUUGAGCUGAUACGCCAGCGUGGAGCAGCACGAGCCGCAGGAAACCAAGAACUCACUUUCGAGCUCGCAAGGCUUUGCAGAGAGGCAAUAAAGGAAGACCUUAAAGAGAGAAGAGUAGAAGUGCUGGCUGAAGCUGCAAAGGUGGAGAAAAGUGUCCGCUAUGCCCGUCGAGACUUCGCCAGUCGCGGGACGAGGAUGACUGCUCUCCGGAACCCAAAGGGAACAGCCAUUGCAUCGAGAAGGGGAAUGGAGAAAAUCAUCUACAAUUUCUACUCUGAUCUCUUCGACAGCCAUGUCCACCUACCUCCUCACCAUCUGAGGGAAGACGGACAAGUCAUUCCAGAGGUUCUCCCGUCUGAAAUACGACACGCUAUCACGUCGGUGAGAAAUCGUACGGCAUCCGGUCCCGACAGAAGAAGACAAGAACACCUGAAGAGUCUUCCGCCAGUACUCAUCAACACCUUGGCGAGGCUCUUUACACGUUACCUGUCGGAAUGCAUGGUUCCUAAACAGUGGAAGACCAGCAAGACCGUGUUGCUGUAUAAAAAGGGAGAUCCACAUGACAUCGGCAACUAUCGUCAAUUCUGCCUACUGUCCGUCAUCUACAAGCUCUUUACAAGAAUGAUCCUUAAUAGGGUUGAAAAAGUCUUGGAUGAUAGACAGCCAUGCGAGCAAGCAGGGUUUCGAAAAGGAUUCAGCACGAUUGACCACAUUCACACUGUUUCGAAACUCAUCGAGGUAUCACGAGAGUACAAGAUGCCGCUCUGUCUCACCUUCAUCGACUUGAAAAAGGCCUUCGACUCAGUUGAGACGGAAGCGGUCGUGGGAGCCUUGGACAACCAAGGCGUCCCUACUCAGUACAUAAAGGUACUUCGAAAGUUAUAA